AAGAGAGGUGUACGGCCACAAACGUUAGGUGUUUUCUCUCUCCUCUCUCUUUUCGCCGAAGAGUCGAGAAGGAAAGAAGACGACGAGAAAAUCUUUCUACCGAUCAGCGCAUCCGUCGUCUGCUCCGAUCCGCCGCCGGCCAAGAUGUCGUCUCCGAGGAAGAUCACCCUGAAGAGCUCAGAUGGCGAGACAUUCGAGGUGGACGAGGCGGUGGCCGUCGAGUCCCAGACGAUCAAACACAUGAUCGAGGACGACUGCGCCGAUAACGCCAUCCCCCUCCCCAACGUCACCAGCAAGAUCCUCGCCAAGGUGAUCGAGUACUGCAAGAAGCACGUCGAGUCCAGCAGCUCCGAGGAUCGCGCCAACGACGAUGAGCUCAAGUCCUGGGACGCCGACUUCGUCAAAGUCGAUCAGGCCGCCCUGUUCGAUCUCAUCCUGGCUGCAAAUUAUCUCAACAUCAAGAGCUUGUUAGACCUGACAUGCCAAACUGUCGCGGACAUGAUCAAGGGUAAGACUCCUGAGGAGAUCCGCAAGACCUUCAAUAUUAAGAAUGACUUCACACCUGAGGAGGAGGAAGAGGUUCGGCGAGAAAACCAGUGGGCCUUUGAGUGACAGUCUCCUGCUGAAAUGAACAGAGACAAUUCUGAUGAUUAAGACCUUCAAUAUCAUAGUUCUAGGUGGUUUUCCUUGAUUCCGAAGUAAGUGUGUAGGUACCCUAUGUGUCUAUAGAUUCGUGGGCAUGCGUGUCUGGGACCUCCUUUGUGGAUGUAUGCUUGUGCUCAUGCACGUUAAGACGGUGAAUUUUAUUUCCUGCACCACUGAUUCUCUGAUGGAAUUUUGAUAAUCGCUGGUAAUCCUUAAACGCAAAA